CCUCCUCACACCCUCCUUUCCCCAGCUCCGGUGUGUUGGGUUUUUUUUUCCACUUCGCCCCGCCCCCUAGGCAUUCGCCAUGUCUCUGAGUUUCCCAACGUCUCUCUCUGGCUCAGGGCUUCUUCAUGCUGAGCUCCAUCAGCUCAUCUGGAACUGGCACUCACUCCAGAACAGCCUCUUCCUCCCUGCCACCUCCCAGCUUCCUGAUGCAAGUCCGGGAAGAACUGGUUUCCUUGCAGGACAAACAGUCUCCAACCUUUGCUCUCCUUCACAUGAAUGUAUACAUUAAUGCUUUUUAAGAAUAUUGAUACAGCUAAAGAUGUUGCAAGAAGGCAUUCUAAAAUUAAAAUCACUAAUUACAUGGUGAGGAUGUUAUGUUUAUUAAUAAAGGCACACUUGAAAAACUAUAUAUGGCCUUUAAUUGGCCCCUAAAUUGACUUAAAGUUGUGAGGCAAUCUGUAUUUAGAAUGGUUAUGAAGCAACAAAUAUAAUCAUAUCUGAACAACAAUCAAGAAGGGAAAUUGUGCAUGCAAAUGAAGCAAUAAUAUAAGCACAAAAACUUUUUUAUUACUGUAUUUGAGACAAAGUUUAGUUUUGUAAGGAGAACAAUAUACAUCACCUUAAAAUUUGCUCAAUCUUCUUUGAUUUCAUGAGAGUUAAGCCUGAGGUCUGGAAGAAGAAAAAGACUUACUCAUUUAAGAUUAAAAUGUAGUAAUGUAACUUUAACUUUGUUCCACCCUGCUCUAUUCUUGGCAUAACAAACAUCCUCAGGCACCAACCUCUCUACACAAAUGGACAUGGCUAAGUUCGAUGCUAAUUAGGAAAAAUUAUCCAAUUAUGGCUACGAUUAUGCUGAGCUGGUAAAAACAUUUUGCCACAGGUAGGAGGAACUUAGAAGGAAACACCCUAAUAAUUUUAUAUAAAAAGGCAAAGGAAACUGCUUGGCUUUGGAGCAUUCUCAGUACUGGGUUUCCAGUGCUAAAUUUUGGUGACUUGCAGCAUUGUCUGUGGCUGGUACUAUGUCUGUUUGGCUUUCUAGUGGAUCCAGGUGGAUUUCCUCUCCUGCUGGUGGUGGAGGAUCAGUUAAAAUGACUGGCAUAGGAGGAAGCUUUCAUAUUGGUAGUGUAUGUGGUUUUGGUGGGGGCUCUCAUCCAGGAUUCAUCACUGGCUUAACCAGGGGAGCAGGUGGUGGCUUCAGUGGUGGCUAUGGUGGUGGUUUCGGUAGCAUCUCAGCUGGAGGAAGCUAUGGAGGUACAUUGUGUAGUAGUUCAUUUGGGGGCUUGGGUACUGGCUUUGGUGGACCUGAUAGCAACCUUCUUUCUGGUGGUGAAAAAGAAACCAUGCAGAAUCUUAAUGAUCGCUUAGCUAACUACCUUGAUAAGGUGCAUGCUCUGGAAGAGGCAAAUGCUGAUCUUGAAUACAAAAUCCAUCAGUGGUAUGAGAAACAUGGUCCUGCUGCUGCUGAAUUAACCCGUGAUUACAGUAAAUAUUACCAAAUAAUUGAAGAUCUUAGGAACCAGAUCAUAUCUGCAACUAUUGGCAAUGCCAGCAUAGUCUUACAGAUUGAUAAUUCCCAGCUUGCUGCUGAAGACUUCAGACUGAAGUAUGAAAAUGAGCUGUUCCUGCAUCGAAGUGUUGAAGCUGAUAGCAAUGGUUUGCGGAGAGUCCUAGAUGACCUGACUAUUGCUAAAUCCAACCUGGAAGCACAGCUUGAAAGCCUGACUGAGGAGCUGGUGUAUCUUAAGAAGAGCCAUGAGGAGGAAAUGAAAUCCCUGAAAAGUACUUCCACAGGUGAUGUGAAUGUAGAAAUUAAUGCUGCUCCAGGAAUUGAUCUGACUAAACUUCUGAAUGACAUGAGAGCACAGUACGAAUCCCUGGCUGAACAAAAUCGUAGAGAGGCUGAAGACCAGUUUAAUAAAAUGAGUCAACCACUGCAGAAACAGAUCUAUGAUGAUGCUGGGGCAGUAAGCUCAGCCACGAAUGAGUUAACCGAAAUGAAACGCACUAUCCAAGGAUUGGAGAUUGAGCUACAAACAGUUAUGGCCCAGAAAUGCUCCCUUGAAGGCACCCUGGCAAGAACUGAAGAAAAUUACAGUGCUCAGCUUUCACAAAGACAGCUGCAUAUUAGCAAUCUGGAGGAACAGUUACAGCAGAUCAGGUCUGAAAUGGAGUGUCAGAAUGCUGAAUAUGAACAGCUCCUGGGCAUCAAAAUACGUUUAGAGAUGGAGAUUGAAACCUACAGGCGCCUGCUAGAUGGAGAAGGAGGUGGUUUUGGAUCUGGAGGUUAUGGACCCCAAGAAUCAAGAGUUCAAAUCAAAGAACCAUAUAAAACUCAAGUGAUUAAGACAAUUGUUGAAGAGUUGGUGGAUGGCAAAAUAGUCUCAUCUGAAGUCAAAUCAGUUGAAGAAAAGCCAGUUAAAUAAACAACAAACUGGAACAGAGGACCUUUUAUAGAUGCCAAAAGACAGAGCGAAGAACAAGGAAGACUUCUGGACAAAUGCUGAAUUUUAAGUGGUUUAAUAGUUUCAUGCCUUAAAACUGAGGGGUGUAGUUAAAGUUUAUUUUCUUUUUGUUCUUGCUUUGCUGAGGUGUACACUUCAUAGAUACUGAAAGUGCAUUCUAUUUGAUGUUCAUUUUUCAAUAAAUUUGUUAAAAAUGGUUAUUUGAUUUUCAAAAUUUAAAGAUAAUCAGGACUAAUGCAAAUAAUUAUCAUUACAUUUUCUGAUUAUCUUUAAAUUUUUAAAAUCUUUUCCUGAUUGUCAAACAUCUGUGAAAUCUAAGCAAAUUUUGAUUUUUGAACUCUGAAACUUAUACUAAUGAUACUCAAAAGCUCUAAGCAACUGAUUGAGCAGAAAGCAAAGUAGAAAUGCACCUUAUAGACUAAUUCAGGUGUGUUAAACAUAUGGCCUAUGGGGUUGGUCUGGCAAGCAGAACCAUUUCAUCUGGCUUGCUAGUAGUCCUGUGAACUACUAGAAAGUUGGGGGGCAUUGUUUGCUGCAGAAAGGGAUCUCAGGACCCCAAUGGACAUGGCCACCAGUGGCAGCUCCCAAGCUCUGGGCUGUCACCCACUUGCAGGCUGCCACUGCCACAAGCCUCCGGAUCUCCGCACCCAUGCUGAUGCCCGAAUGCAGCCCCACACCACAACCUGCCCCCAGACCCACACUGCUGCCUGGCCCAAAGCCCCGGCCCCACACUGCAACCUGAACAGGAUCCCAUUGCAGUGCCCAGGGAUCUAGCCCAGGAGGAGCCCCUGCAAUUCAGAUCUAGCCCAUGGCCUGGGAUGAGUUUGAUACCCAUGAACUAACUGAAUCAGAGAUGCACAAGCUUUCAUGAACAAGGAUUUGCUUCAUCAUAUGCGUAAGUGAGCUCUCCCUUAUCACACAGCUUGUGUGUUGCUCAUUCAGUUAGUCUAUAAGGUGCAUCUCUAUCCUGCCUUCUGCCUGACUUUAGACUAACACAGCUAACCUCCUGUAUCUGAUUUAUUAUUGUACAAAAUAUAACAUAUUAAUAUGAGAAAAUUAAACUCUCGUGAUUUUUUACAAAGAUAAACAA